AUGAGAGCGCAUAUUGUGAACGCUAGCGACGAUGACGUUGGCUGUGACGAUGACGAAGUCAACGACUACACGAGCAAUGAUGCAAAAUUGAUUGAAGGUGGUCACCCUUGGAUGGGCGGCGGUGCCUCUACUUCAUCUGUGGCCGACAGUUAUCAAUACCAGUUACAAUCCAUGUGGCAAAAAUGUUGGAAUACUAAUCAGCAAAACCUUGUACAACAAUUAAGAUUUCGUGAGCGCGGACCAUUGAAGUCUUGGCGUCCGGAAGCUAUGGCCGAAGCUAUUUUUAGCGUUUUGAAAGAAGGUUUAUCACUAUCACAGGCAGCACGUAAAUAUGACAUACCGUAUCCGACAUUCGUUUUAUAUGCAAAUCGUGUACAUAAUAUGCUGGGACCGUCUCUGGAUGGUGGCACUGAUCCUCGUCCCAAGGCACGUGGUCGUCCGCAACGUAUUCUACUUGGCAUGUGGCCGGAGGAGUUGAUACGUUCGGUUAUUAAAGCAGUUGUGUUCCGUGAUUACCGCGAAAUCAAAGAUGAAAUGAGUCAUCCUUAUGCAAAUGGACAAGGACAUGUGUCUCCAUAUGGCACACCUGUCAAUCCGGGCGCCAAUGGUUAUCAUAAUGCUGCUAAAUUUGCAGCACAAAAUGCCGCUUUAGCACCUCCGGAUUCAGCUAGUCCACUUUCAACAAUGACCGAAACCUUACGUCGUCAGAUAAUGUCCCAACAGCAACAGUCACCAAUCUCGCAAACAAUGAACAUGUAUAAGUCUCCAGCAUAUUUACAACGCUCUGAAAUCGAAGAUCAAGUAACUGCUGUCGCUGCUGCUGCCAAACAUCAAGCUGAACGUCGCGGUUCCGAAAAUAUGCCCGACCUAAGUGCUUUAGGUCUAAUGGGUAUACCAGGACUAAAUGUAAUGCCAACACAAGGACAACGCAGCAGUCAAAUGCACUCCAGUUCAUUUGGACGUGAAAGAGAGCGCGAAAGAGAGCGUGAUAGAGAACGUGAAAGAGAACGUGAUCGUGAACGCGAACGCGAAAGAGAAAGAGACAUUGAUAGGGAACGUGAAAGAGAUCGCGAGUUAAAAGAGGCCAUGCAAGCACGUCAAUAUGGCAAUCAAUCACGUAGCUCUUCAGCGGGCAGCACACAGAAACAAUCAUUGGGCCCUAACAACAAUACGAUAAGUGGCGGUGGUUCAAACUUCCAACAUAUGAGAAACAAAGAACAUCCUAGUUAUGCAUAUAAUAAACGACUCCUGGAAAGUUUACCACCGGGCAUAGAUUUCGAAUCAAUAGCAAACAACCUGCUGCAGAAAUCAGUCAAUAAAAGUCCAAGAUUUGAAGAUUUUUUUCCCGGUCAGGAUAUGAGUGAGCUCUUUUCAAAUCCAGAAAUGGCAGCUGGUGGUUCCUACUCCUCAAUGCGAGACACACAAUUGAUGAAAAUAAAACUGGAACAGGCAGCUGAGGUGCCGCAUGAAGAUUAAAUCGGGUGCGGCUUGGGUAGUAAGCCUUCUCUAAGCUAUGCAAUAGGUAGAAAGUAUGUUUAAUGAUAUAACGAUUCUUUAAGAAACAUUUUGACUGCUAUUUAUCCCCAACGUUUGUAGUUUUAAGCAUGUUAGUCACGUAGGUCUUUAGGUUAAAGCAAUUCAUAUAUAUUACAGAAAUAUUGUAUUUUAAGUGCGUAUAAGUAAUUCUUAUAAAGUGAGCAUUUUAGUUUUAGUUUUUUUUUAGUUUUCAUAAUUGAUAUCCUUUAUAUUAUCCAUAACAGAACAUUCAGUAUAAGAGUUGAUACUUUCCUUUCUAAUGAUAAGAUCUCGUUUAAUUUAUUCUUUAACAGUAGCAGUAAAAGCUUAAAUGCCCAUGAGGGCGUUCAGUUGUAGCGAACACACAUUUAUAUGGAGAAUAAAACAAGCAUAUAUGUAUACAAUAAGAUAUUAAUAUAUAAAACUGUAAUUAUAUAUAAUAUAGAUAUAAUUAAUAAUAGACUUUCGCAUUUCAAUUUGUAGUGUAAGCCUCUAAUAUUGACGUCAUAAAACCCUAGUAAUACAUUCACGUAUCUUUCACAGCGUACUAUACUAUACUAUAUGUGCAUCAUAUGUGUAUCACUUGUGUGUAUGCAGCAUUCACAUUAUCACUAGAAUACUUCAUUAAUUUUAAAAGUUCUAUUGCAAAAAAUAUUCAAAUAUCCUUAUAAAGCCGACAAAAGUUUGCGAGUCCUUUGGUGACUGACUCACAAAAUUAUAAUUGUAAAUAAUGUACAAAUUUGUUUUAGCUGUAAGCUUAAGUACAUUAGUAUUGUGUAAGUGUUUAGUGUAAUCCUUGAGAUAUAUAUAUUAGUAUGUAUCUGA